UCUGGUUGGCAGGUCCCAGAUCAGACUCUUCUGACACUUGACAUCUCUUCCUCUGCCCACCAUGGAGUUCCUGGGAUGGCCCACAAUCCUCUUGCUGGUCUGUAUCUCAUGUCUUCUCAUUGCUGCAUGGAGAAAUACAUCGCGAAGAGGGAAGGAGCCUCCUGGUCCCACUCCAAUCCCCAUCAUCGGAAAUGUUUUCCAGCUGAACCCACGGGACUUGAUGGAAAGCUUUCAGGAGAUCAGCAAGAAGUACGGUCCUAUCUUUACAAUACAUUUAGGCCCCAAAAAGGCUGUGGUGCUGUAUGGCUACGAUAUUGUGAAAGAAGCCCUAAUUGAUAACGGAGAAGCCUUCAGUGGAAGAGGAAUACUGCCUCUGACUGACAAACUCUUCAAAGGCACAGGCAUUGUGACCAGCAAUGGGGAGACAUGGAGGCAGCUCCGACGAUUUGCCCUCACCACACUGCGUGAUUUUGGAAUGGGGAAGAAGGGCAUUGAGGAACGAAUCCAGGAGGAAGCUCAUUUUCUGGUAGAGAGGAUCAGGAACACACACGAGAAACCUUUCAACCCUGCUAAAUUCUUAGUCCAUGCUGUUUCCAACAUCAUCUGUUCCAUUGUAUUUGGAGAUCGGUUCGACUAUGAGGACAAGAAAUUUCUGGAUUUAAUUGACUUGUUGAACGAAAAUGAAAAGUACCAGAAUAGUAUACAGAUACAGCUCUACAAUUUCUUCCCCACCAUCAUGGAUUCUCUACCGGGGCCCCAUAAAACGAUGAUAAAAAGCUUUGAAAAAGUUGAUGCCUUCAUUAUUGAAAUCGUAAGAACACACCAGGAAUCUUUCGAUCCCAGCUGUCCUCGAGAUUUUAUUGAUGCUUUUAUCAACAAAAUGCAACAGGAGAAAGGGAACUCGCAUUUCACUGUGGAGUCCUUGACCAGAACCACCAUAGAUUUGUUCCUUGCGGGAAAGGAAACAACCAGCACCACACUGAGAUAUGCAUUUCUGAUUCUCCUGAAAAUACCCAGAGUCUUAGCUAAAAUUCACAAGGAGAUUGACCGUGUGGUUGGCCGAGACCGAAGCCCCUGCAUGUCAGACAGGAGCCAGAUGCCAUACACGGAUGCUGUCGUCCACGAAAUCCAGAGAUUCAUUGAUUUCCUACCUCUUAAUGUUCCACAUGCUGUGACCAAGGACACCAUGCUCAGAGACUAUUUCAUUCCCAAGGACACCUUGGUAUUCCCUUUGCUGUCUCCCAUCCUGCAAGACUGCAAGGAAUUCCCGAAUCCAGAAAAAUUUGACCCAGGACAUUUCCUAAAUGCAAACGGUACCUUCAGAAAGAGUGACUACUUCAUGCCAUUCUCUACAGGAAAACGCAUCUGUGCAGGAGAAGGUCUGGCCCGGAUGGAGAUAUUCCUGUUUCUAACAUCCAUCCUACAGAACUUCACUCUGAAGCCUGUUGUAGAUCGCAAGGACAUUGACAUUUCUCCCAUAGUCACCACUUUUGCAAAUGCGCCCCGACCUUAUGAGGUGUCAUUUAUUCCACGUUAGCCAAGUGAAGACAGCUCUCACUUCCCAAAAUAGAACAACAGUCUUCUUGAAUGACUGUCAUUGCCCAGCGUGACGAGGCUGAAACACGCAGAUCAUUUGCUAGAUUCUUUAUGGACAGAAAACUUCUGCUUUUCUUUGCGAACACAGAAGGACGUGCUGUAGUGGAAAAUCACUUUCCACAAAGCUUAGACUGUCAUACACUCUCUAAAACAGUUUCAUAUCUCAACUGUUUCUUUGCACUCAUUUAUAAAGAAAUGCAUUGCAGCUUUAAGACAUGAUCUAGAAAUCCUCCAGUCUCACUAACAACAUGGGAGAUGGCUGGACUGAAUUUACUGGACCUAUCAGAAUUAAAAUUGCAAUUACAGCGCUGCUCAUUGAUUAAAAAAAAAGAGAGUGAAAUAAUUGUGGGAUCUCUGUGGUGCCUUCUGGAAGACAAAGGGCAGCUUGAAUCUUCCCAUUACUUCUACGAAAUACGUGAAAAUUGCUAUAGAAAUUUUAUGAAUUUCAGGUAAAGGGUUCCUAUGAGCUGCCAAAGACAGAUGUAUGGAUAUAGGACUGGAAUUUCCCAGAUUGAUCAUGUUCCCUGCAGGAUAUAGCUUACUGUGACUGCAGUGACAACAGAGCUGAAUCCAUGCUAUGUGAAAUAAUACAGCACUUGAAAUGUCACCACAGUGGAAUAAACUGUUUAGGUGAGCAGCAAA